GAAUGAGAAACGGAGAGCGAGAGAGAGAGAGAGAAAGAGCGAAUGUGCGAGGGAGGGAAAGAGAGAGGGGAUAGAUGUUAAAACAGACAUGAGAAAAUAUCCAAAAAGGAGACGCACGCCGUACCAUGCGCGCUAAAUUUGUGCCCGUUGGAAAUCGGGAUGUCGGAUCGACGGUGACGCGCAUCACCCCAUUUCACGGAGGAAACGAUUUCGCUGGAACUUUGGAACGGAGGGUCCGCGGGGAAACAUGGCCGAAGGGCCGCGCAGAGGUGGCGGGUCGGACCCCGUCAGGACUCCGCCGCAGAUUCUGUCAGGCUCCGGUUACUGCAAGUGGUUUAAUGUCCGCAUGGGGUUUGGAUUUAUAUCGAUGACCAGCAGCGAGGGGAAGCCAGUGGACCCUCCACUAGACGUGUUCGUCCACCAAAGUAAGCUGGUGAUGGAGGGCUUCAGGAGUUUACGGGAGGGCGAGCAGGUUGAAUUCACCUUCAAGAGGUCGAGUAAAGGUCUGGAGUCUCUCAGGGUCACGGGGCCCGGCGGGGGCUCAUGCUCGGGCAGUGACCGACGCCCCAAAGGGAAGGCCCCGCCCCUCAAACGCAAACCAAAGGGAGACCGGUGUUAUAACUGUGGAGGUCUGGACCACCACGCUAAAGAGUGUGGCCUUCCACCCCAGCCAAAGAAGUGUCACUACUGUCAGAGUGUCACACACAUGGUGGCCCAGUGUCCCCACAAGAGGGCGCUGUCCCCCUCCACGUCUCAGGACCCCCAGCGCCCCUCCACCUCCGCUCAGUCCCAGGAAGAGGGGAGCCGGUCGGCCUCGUCCUCCUCUCCGGAGGAAGCAUCUCAACGGGGGAGUCACUCCCAGCGCUGGAGGAAAAGCCGGGACUGAAAGCGACCGAAAGAUUCCUCAUCCAGACGACGCUCAGACCCGAAAUCAUCUACCUCACAGAGGAGACCAUCCCUCCCUCCCUCUCUCCCUUCCUGUGCAGCUAUGGUAUCAGCCGAUGGGGUCGUGUGUGUACAUGCGUGUUCUCACGGAAGCAAUCACAACAAACUCUGCGACUGGCGUGUGUGUGUGUGUGUGUGUGUGUCUGUCAAUGAGCGAGUGUGUUAGAAGAACUAAAAAUCACAAGGCAAAAUAGAUUACAUUUAGAAGAAAAAACACGAACCAGUGUUUUAGAUACUCGAGCAUGAAGUCAACAGAUGUUGCAGUUUUCAAACCAUUUUACUUCCUUGAUAGUCAAAUGGGCAAUUCCUUGAGUAAAAAUGUUUGCCGUGUGCUGCAUAAGUGACGCCAGUGAACUCGCUUCAGAGGAAAAGCAACUUAACAUGAUACAUGUGUGAUGAGAAUUCACCCGAAAAUGAAACCUUGCUGAUAAAAAUUUACUCCAAGAUUUUAGAUGAGUUUUCUCUUCAUCGGAACAGAUUUGGAGAGAUGUAGCAUUACAUUAGUUGCUCAGCAAUGGAUGCUCUGUAGUGAAUGGGUGCCGUCAGAAUGAGAGUCCAAACAGCUGAUAAAAACAUUACAUUACAAUUUCUCCAAAUCCGUUCAGAUGAAGAACCAAACUCGACUUCAUCUUGGAGAGCCUGAGGGUUAGUAAAAUGUAAGAUUUCUUUCUUCUUACUUUAAGAUCGGAAACAUGCAUUAGGAAGUAAAUAUGAUCAAUUUUGAUUUCAUGUUGACUUUAAACCAGAUUCAGACAUAAUGACAAAGAAAAUAGCUCUCAAUCAAGGCCCUCGGGGCAUGGGACAGAUGUAUUUUGGCUGGGGGGGUUAUAGUCACGCUCACUACAUCCUAACAAUAACAUCAUUAUGGGGUACUGAGGAUAUUUGAAUCCGUUUCUGUGUGUGUGGGUGUUUUUCUGAUCAGGUGCUGUUAGCCAGAGUUUGAGAUUAGACUGUAACAAGUGAAGACUAAAAAGUACAUUAACUUCAGCCAGAGAGGACUAACUAACUGAUUUAAAUGUAUUGCCAUUGUUUAGCUAUACUGUAAAGCUGUUUUUGCUUUAUCACAGACUGUUCCACAGCUCGCAGUGAUAAUUUAAGGCAUUAAUAUAUGGUGAAAUAUUCUAAGUGUUAGUGUAAUUUAUAUAGAGCACAUAGGCACAUGAAGUUGAUUGUUUCUCGCUCUUGCAUCUCAUCCAGCUUCACUGAAAGCGAUCAGCUUGUGAAGGACAUGGUGCUGCGUUCAACAUGGUCGGAAUUACAGAAAUCAUAAAGCUUAUUUUCACUACAGAAUAAAAAAUAAAAAAGGUAAUUGCGACUUUUAAUCUCAUCAAUUCUGGCUUAUUUUCUAAGAAAUGUGGAAAAAGACAGAGCUAUGAGAUAAAUAGUUGCUAACACUUUCAUUUUGCUAUUCCGUGGCAGAAAUAAGCUUUCAUAAUGAUGAGAUUCUGCCUACAGAAAAGUUGUUCAAGUGUGUCAUACUCUGAAUUACAAAAAGGAAACUUUGAGAUUCAUAAAAGCCUUAUUUUCUCUCACUUCCCCUUGUGACAUCAUGUAAUAAGACCAGUGGCCUUAAAGGGAUACUCCAACCCUAAAUGAAAAUGUUGUCAUUAAUCACUUACCCUCAUGUCGUUCCAAACCCAUACAACCUUUGUUUGUCUACAGAACACAAUUUAAGAUAUUUUGGAUGAAAACCGGGAGGCUUAUGACUCCCAUUGACUGCCAAGUAAAUUACACUGUCAAGGUCCAGAAAAGUAUGAAAGUCAUCGUCAGAAUAGUACUUCUUCCAUCAGUGGUUCAAAAAUAACGUUAUGAAGCGACGACAACACUUUUUUUGUAUUCAAAGAAAACAAAAAUAACUCUUCUCCUCUGUGUCUCUCCACAUCGUCAUUGCACCAUUUUGGAGAAUAUCUGCUGAAUGCAAGCAAAUCUAAAGUGUAAAUACACAUAGAAAACGUAUAAUUGUGUAGCGGUUGACACAAAAGAGCGUAAGCAGCUUGCGUUCAGCAGAUGUUCUCCAAAAUGCUGCAACGGUGAAGCGGAUACAGUUACAUUUUUGAGUAUGAAGAGAUUUUUAUUGCUCUUUAUUACGCAUUUAUUGACUUGUAGGAUUUCCCUCUUGUCACUUUGGCAUUACUGUAAUUCUGAUAUAAAGGCAAGAUUUAGCCAUUGAUUGAUAGGAAGAUUCGAUCGAAAAGCUGUUUAUCCCUUGGUCUGAGUAAUAUUCUGUUUGUCGAUGAUGGUGGUUGGGCGUUGAAGAAUAUUUACUAAAUUGGUUUAUCCUGUUCUUGUCUUUCUGAAGCUGACCAUUUAAACCUCAUCCGAGUUUUGUGGCCAUGCUAAUUAACUCCUAACUAGGUUCUGUACUAAAUUUUUGUGUCACAGGGUCCAUUAAAAAAUCACAUUGCUUGCUUUUUUUUAUUCAGCUAAUGAAUGUAGAUGAACUGAAGCCUUAGAGAGAUCUGAUCAUGUAAAGCUGCUGGCGGAGAUCUGCUACAAUCAUCCACUGAACAGUGAAAAACUGAACUAAAGUGCACUUGUAAGCAGUGUUUUCCCACAAUGCCAUGCUGUGGAGGUUUGCUGUUUAAUGUCUCAAUGUCGUUGAAAGCUCUAGUGAAGUGACUGCCAGCAAUAAUGUCAGACCCUUUUCAAUCCAAGAAGAGAUCUUCAGUAACACAGAAGGGUUUAUGGAGCAUUUCAUCUCGUUGUCGUCUCUAAUUUGGUCCUUAUCUGGAGGAAAUGGGAGGGUGAAUCUCAUGAAACAUGCCAGAGUCAUAUUUUUAUGAUUUAAAAAAAAAUGUUUUUAUCCUAGGCCAUUUUAUCAUUUUAAGACAUUAUUUU